AUGAAAAGCCUCAUAAAUGGAGAGUUCACCCUCCCAUUUAAUCAGGCUGACAACGCACAGAUAAGCAAGCACCAUCAGGACCGCACGCUGGUGGCGGCGCUCGCGGGCAUCCUGUGGGCUGCAGGAGCAGCUCAGAAGGUCACCCUCUGCCUCAUUACCGAGGACACUUACUUCGUCCCGACGCCUAGCUACUCUGGGGACGGCUUCUCUGAACGGACACCUUCCCGACACUAUGCCUUUAAAGAAAAGGCUUUUACCCUGGGCACUUUGAAAGCCAGCCAAGGAGCUUCUUCUCCUCAGCAGUUCAAAGGAGAAGGAAGCCAUGGCGUCAUCUUGUUCCUUUACAGCCUGAUCUUCUCCAGAACAUUUGAAAGGCUCCAGAAGGAACUGGACGUCUCCACCCCUCACCUGCUGCAACCAAACGCUGGAGGUUUCCUGUGCAGGCAGGCUGUUCUGAACCUGAUUCUAACUGGAAGAGCAAGUCCACACGUCUUUAACGGCUGUCAGAAAGGAAAGUCUCAGGAAAUAUUACACGGGGUCCUGACCCGCAGUGAUGUCGGCUAUCUGCAGUGGGGUAAGGAUGCUUCAGAGGGCGACAGACUUUCACAGGUGGGCAGCAUGCUGAAGACUCCCAAGUUACCCGUCUGGCUGUGCAACAUCAACGGAACUUACAGCGUCCUGUUUAGCACAAACAGGCAGCUCUUAUCAGACUGGAGACUGGAGCGCCUCUUUGAUCUGUACUUCUACAACGGCCAGCCUGCACAGAACAAGCCUGCGCGCCUUACCGUGGACACUCACUCCCACCACUGGGAAAGAGUCCAACACGAAGAUGAACACAGCCCAGGAAGACGGUUUUCCCCACUGGAGAUGGUGAUCAGAAGCAAGUGGAGAGAUGCCACCAUCAACUGGAAUGGAUCUGUUCCCUUUUUCUAAAGAGGAAGCCCAGAUGUACAAUUAAGUCUGAAGCAGCAGCGGUAUGGGGACACAAAAGCCUAACUUGGGGAAGACCGUUUCAGUUUAUGUUCCUUAUUCAGGAGCCCCACCCAAAACACUCCCACAAGUGGUAUGCUUUUUCUUUUGUCUCUAUGAACUCUCUGCAGUUACUACUGGUAUUGUUGGAGACACACAGAACCCUUACUUCAGGGUCUGGAAGGUGUAUCCUUUAUGCUCAUAUAGACUGGUUCCUCAUUUUUAUUCAAAGGAAAAACUGAAGUCUCUUUCCUUCUUGUUGUUUCCAAAUUCCUCUCUCCUCAGUGUGAUUCUCCCUGGGGAUUACGGAAGGGGGGAGCUAGCUUUCAUUUGGGGAUGAAGUCAUCGGUAAUACAUCAUUAGAUUUUCAGUUAUGGCAAGAACUCAAGCCUUCUCAAAGAUUUCCUGGUAUGAAGAGCAUUCCUUUCCAAGGUUACAUUUCAAAGUGCCCACAUUAGCAAGUUCUUGUCAUUAAAUAGUAAAUGGGCUUGAAGCGGGGGCUAUUCCUGGUAGGCUGGCUAUUGUAGUUGGCUGUGGGUUCAAACCAUCCUGUGAGCACACAGGAGACAUUCUUUCCAUCAG